UGAUUACCCUGGAUUAGACAAUGAUUUCAGUGAGAAAACAAUACAGAGUGAAAAGAGAAGGCGGGAUGGGUGUGUGUUUGCUGUUGGAUUAGGAUAUUUUGGUAUGGGAUGUAAAUUUAUGGGAUUUGAGACAAUUGCACUUUGAUUUAAGAGAAUGUGUUAUUGAUUGUAAUUAUAAUUAAUAGGAAUUUGGGUUGUUUUUAAUGGCUGAAGAAGAUUGAAACGAAAUCGGUGGAAAUGAUUAAGAAGUAUGGGG